AUGCCUUUCUCCCCCUCCAACUUUUCCAACGCUUUACAAUUUGCAUAUAAGGCCAGGCCUAGUACCCUGGAUGCUGCUGCUCUUGUUGUCUAUUUUGCUCUACGAGAUUUAGAUAAGAUUUGCCGCGCCUACGCAUUUGAAUUUCUUGACUACGCCAUCUCCUGCUUAAAAAGGCAUCCGCCCGCGGCCCUCUCGGCUGGGCUGUCUCUCGGCUUGGAGACUUUUAAUUCUCGCACUCAAUUCGUCGUCCAAGCCGGCAAGCUGACAUCUAGGUUCUACCUUAUCACCUCAGAUCUACUUCCUCCACACUGUCAAAUUGAGAUCGCCAAAAGACUGCCUGCAUGUUAA